CCCUGUUCUGCUGAUUGUGUUCUUGUGGACUGUUCCUGAAAGGCUUGACCUGUGUCGCUGUAGGUGUUUUUGGUUACAAGGCUUCCAAAAGGGAAGGCACAAGGCAGACCAACCCCACUACAGGGUCACAGCAAGAAGUAGGAAACUUUCUUGAUCAAGUUUAACCGUAGGAGAAUGAGUGGGCUCCGUCUUGAUGGGGUGAAAAUCCCACACUGUUAUGGAUGCUCUGGAGAGCUUGCAGAGCAGGUGACCUGUGCUGCUUGAUCCAUGGCGUAAACAAAGACUGGUCGGUCGUGUUUGCUAAUACCUGCCUAAGGGAAAAUAAAGAAAAAUACAGCUAGUUGGUAAUCUUUUUUUCAGAUUUGAAUCGUCUAAAGUGAUAUAAAGAGUCCUGAAAUCUGUAUCCUAUAUUUAAUGAAUUAGAUGUUUACUCCAAGUAAUGAGUACAAGUGCUCCAAAGUUGUUAGUGUGGUUAGCACGUAUUUUUCACACCCUCAUCUUCCAGAGGAGGGGUGAGCGAGGAGGGGAGUGACACACCUCGGGCUUAUGCCAGGCCUGCGAAACAGCCAGGACUGGGUUGUUGAUAUCCACAGGCAUCUGUCCUGGCAGAGCAGCCCCUGCCUGGCGCCUGGAUGGGAUGGAGGUGAUGAGAAAGUGAGUUUUGUUCAGCCACCCCAAUCAGGUCCCUUCCUCUGCCCUGUGUGCAGCUGUCUGCCACUGACCCCUGGAGCCCGUGCAGGGUUUCCAGGGAUGCACUGUGUCUCCUCCCCAGUGCUCGUCAGUGCUGAGGAGCUUUUGCAACCAGUCUGGCAGAGUUUCUAAUAAGUUUUGGGCUCUCUUAGUGUUGAAAGAGCUUUCUUUAAACCCUGCUUUUAAAAGAAGUCUUCUAGUAUCCCCUUACAACCUGCCUAUGCUACGACAGCUUCAAAACACGUGCAGAGAAGGGGCAGCCUGUUCCUGUGAUCUGAACUGGCUUCUGGGUUCGUCAGUCAUGGCACGAAGGGCCUUGAAGCUUGCCUCACUGGCAGCAGCCACUUCUGGCAUCUAUCUGUAUGGCAACAGGUUCCUGGACCCCAAUGAUUUUGGAGUGGUUCGUGUGGGCCGAGCCAUUGCCACAACGGCAGUAAUCAGCUAUGACUACCUCACCUCCCUUCGGAGCGUCCCGUAUGGAUCAGAGGAGUAUGACUCCCUUAAAUCACAGGUGCACCUGCGUUCUGCUGAGCGCCUCCGGGAGCUGUGCUGUGCCAACCGAGGCACCUUCAUCAAGGUGGGACAGCACCUGGGAGCGCUGGACUACCUGCUGCCCGAGGAGUACACCCGCACCCUCAAGGUGCUGCACAGCCAGGCCCCGCAGAGCACCAGGCAGGAGGUUGAGCAAGUCAUCCGCGAGGAUCUGGGCAAAGAGAUAAAAGAGCUCUUCCUGAGUUUUGAGGACACACCCCUGGGAGCAGCGUCACUAGCCCAGGUGCACAAGGCGGUGCUGCAGGAUGGGAGAACAGUGGCAGUGAAAAUCCAGCACCCGAAGGUCCAAGCUCAGAGCUCCAAGGACAUUUUGCUCAUGGAGGUUCUCCUCUUGGUUGUGAAGCAGAUCUUUCCAGAUUUUGAGUUCAUGUGGCUGGUGGAAGAAGCAAAGAAGAAUCUACCUUUGGAGCUGGAUUUUCUCAAUGAAGGCAGAAAUGCUGAGAAGGUUGCUCAUAUGCUGAGGAACUUUGACUUCCUGAAGGUCCCCAGGAUCUACUGGGAGCUCUCAACAAGGCGUGUCCUUCUCAUGGAGUUCAUGGAAGGGGGGCAGGUGAAUGACAGAGCGUACAUGGAGAGGAACGGCAUUGAUGUCAAUGAGAUCUCUCGCAACCUGGGGAAACUCUACAGUGAAAUGAUCUUCGUGAAUGGCUUUGUCCACUGCGACCCGCACCCAGGCAAUGUGCUGGUGAAGAAGUGCCCGGCCUCUGGCAAGGCCCACAUUAUCCUCCUGGACCACGGGCUCUACCAGGUGCUGAGCGAGUCGUUCCGCAUGGACUACUGCCGCCUGUGGCAGGCCCUUAUCAAGGCCGACAUGAAGAGGGUGCAGAAGUACAGCCGGCGGCUCGGGGCGGGGGAUUUGUACCCGCUCUUUGCCUGCAUGCUCACCGCCAGGUCCUGGGAGUCUGUCAACAGGGGCAUUGACCGCUCACCAGUCUCAGCCAGCGAGGACGUGGAGAUCCGGUCCAAUGCUGCUGCUUACCUACCCCAGAUCACCCAGCUCCUCAACAACGUGCCCCGCCAGAUGCUGCUGCUGCUGAAGACCAACGACCUGCUAAGGGGGAUUGAGUCAGCCCUGCACACGCGGGCCAGUGCCAGCUCCUUCCUCAACAUGUCUCGCUGCUGCAUCAGAGCUGUUUCCACGUAUCAGAGGAGCAAGAGUCGCUCACUUUACAGGAGAGUCCAGAUCUCACUCACAGAAGGACUGAGCCUGUGGCAGAUCAACCUGUAUGAACUCUUCCUGUGGCUGAAGGGAUCCCGGCUGGGGAACUGGGUCAUCGCUCUCCUGAGCUGGAUGCACCAUUCCACAUACUGACACGAGCUGGUGGGAGAGGCCUGGCUGUUCCCUCUCUCACUGCUGCUCUCCACGGCACAUUUGCCUUUCUGACUGUUUCUGUCUAUCCUGUGGGCUAUUUUUGGGUCUCGUUCCUUGUUACAUGCUGCACUGUCCUUGCAUGUUACAGCAUUAGCUCUCUCUGUGGCAGCAAGAGGUGGAGUAGGUACCAGGGCUCUGCUGAUUUAUGGGUUAGGAAAGGGAGGUGUGGAGUACCGUGUGUCAGGAAGGGCAUGGUGCUUUCUCUCCCCAUUUGAACAGGGGAAAUUCCACACAGAUUCCAGCGGAACUGCACUGGAAGCAAAAGCCUUUCCUCGGCUCUUUCUUAAACAAUCUUAAAAAAGUUAAGAGAAUCACAGCCCUGUCUAGAACGCCCCAAAACAUUUGUCUGACCCUCAGAGAAAGCUGGUAUAUCCCUUAAAAAUCCGAUAGGGUUUAUAUUAGUUAUUGCAGAGUCUCCCUGCAAGUGCCUGUGUGUUUCUGGACUUUCCCAGGCCCAUUUCUUUGCAGUUGAAGUGGGGGAAGGGGACAGUGGUCCUUCUUCUUUUCCAGGAUUCAGGGAAGGCAGGAAGGAUGACGACUCAGGGCUCUGAAACUGCUGGUGAUGUACGUGUACUGUACGGCGCUGCCACACAGCAAAAUAAAUGUGUUGCAUCAAAGACAUUUGUGGGAGGGAUGCUGGCUGUACACGCAGGGUGACAUUGUGGCCUCUGACCUCUGUCCUGUUCCCGUUUCUCCAUGGAGUGAGCGAUGCCAGGCAGUGCUUGUUAACUCCUUGCAAGUCAAAUGAAAAGCCAUCUUGCUCUGUCCUCUGCUCAA